AAGGAAGUGGUUAAAAUGUUUCUCCGUUCAGCCCGCUGCUUCCUGCAUUGCCGUCAAGUCACCAAGGCGGUGCACGAGUUACCGUUCGUAUUCCUCUCGGAACUCAGAAACUUCAGCGCCAUGGCUGGCAAAACCCCGAAGGUUUUUAUGGACAUUGCUAUUGACGGCAAACCCCAGGGCCGCAUUGUAAUGGAGCUGAGGGCUGAUGUUGUCCCAAAAACUGCAGAAAACUUCCGUGCGUUAUGCACAGGUGAGAAGGGCUUUGGUUACAAAGGCUCAACGUUCCACAGAAUCAUUCCCGGCUUCAUGUGCCAGGGUGGUGACUUCACGGCACACAACGGCACUGGAGGCAAGUCCAUCUAUGGGGGAAAGUUUGAUGAUGAGAAUUUCCGACUGACACACACAGGGCAAGGUAUCCUGUCCAUGGCCAAUGCUGGGAAAAAUACAAAUGGCUCUCAGUUCUUCAUCUGCACUUCAAAAACUGACUGGUUGAAUGGUAAGCAUGUUGUAUUUGGAUCAGUGAAAGAAGGCUAUGACAUCGUAGGGAAGAUGGAGAAAUGUGGUGACGACAGCGGCAAACCCAAGGCUUGUGUCACCAUCACCGAUUGUGGAGAGUUGGCCUAAAGUAUUUGAAUUUGGAAUCUUGCAGUUUAAAUAAAGUAUGAUGAUUUGGAACUCUAA